CUCUUCCCUUCAACCAAGGAGCUCUGUGGUUCGCUGCCAACUCUUUCUCUUCUCCCAAGCUUUGCGAGAAGAGAAAAGCUCCGAGCUUUCUCCCCAAAUCUUCACCAAGUUCUCAUCAAUGGCUUUCCAUUCCCUUCUUCUACUCGUCUUCCUCUCUGUUGCAGACUCUAGUGUGGUUGUUCUUGGUAGCCCGGAGCUCAGGGCGUUAAUGGAGGUGAAGGCGGCGCUUGAUCCGAAGGGGAUGGUUCUGGCGUCUUGGACGGAGGACGGUAACCCGUGCGGCGAUUUUGAUGGAGUGGCGUGCAACAAGAAUGGUAAAGUGGCGAACAUCUCGCUUCAGGGAAAGGGACUCACUGGCUCCAUCUCCCCCGCUAUAGCCCAGCUGAAAUGUCUCUCUGGGCUGUAUCUCCAUUACAAUGUUUUGAGUGGAGUGAUCCCGAAGGAGAUUUCUAACCUCACUGAGCUCACGGAUCUUUAUCUCAACGUGAAUAAUCUUUCUGGGAAUAUCCCUGAGGAGCUUGGUAACAUGGCCAGUCUUCAAGUUCUUCAGCUGUGCUAUAACCAGCUAACAGGGAGUAUACCAACCCAGUUAGGCUCUUUGAAUAGGCUGGCAGUUCUUGCUUUACAGUCUAACCAUUUGAGUGGAGCUAUCCCUGCAAGCUUAGGGGAUCUUACACAGUUGAUGCGCUUAGAUUUGAGCUUCAAUCAUCUUUUUGGUUCUAUCCCAGUGAAGCUCGCUCAAAUCCCACAGCUAAUUGUCCUCGACCUUAGGAACAACACCCUUUCCGGCAGUGUUCCUCCUGAGUUGAAGAGAUUAAAUGAAGGAUUUCAGUAUGGAAACAACACCAAUCUAUGUGGAGUUGGGUUCUCAUCGUUGAGAGAAUGCACCUCUGCUGAUGUCCUCAACCCGAACCGGCCUGAACCAUUUGGUCCGGGUGCUAAUGGUCUAACUCGGCAAGGUAUCCCGCAGUCAGCUGAUGUAAAUUGCAAUAAUACUCAGUGUGUGAAGUCAUCGAAAUCCUCUGCUGGAGCUAUUGUUGGUGGGAUUGCUGCGGUUGCUGUUGGAGGGUUGGUUUCUGGGCUUCUAGCUUUCUCGUGGUAUCGUCGACGGAAGCAAAAGAUCGGCAGUGCAUUGGAGGUCUCUGAUAGCCGUCUUAGCACUGAUCAUCCAAAGGACAUUUAUCGGAGGAGUGCCUCUCCUCUUAUCAGCCUUGAGUAUUCCAAUGGUUGGGACCCUUUGGCCGAUGGAAGAAGUGGUGUUGGGUUUUCUCAGGAGGUCUCUCAGAGCUUUAGGUUCAAUUUGGAGGAGGUGGAAUGUGCAACUCAGUACUUCUCGGAUGUUAAUUUGCUUGGUAAAAGCAAUUUUGCCGCAACUUACAAGGGAAUUCUACGCGACGGAACUAUGGUUGCAGUGAAGAGCAUUAACAAAACCAGCUGUAGAACUGAAGAGUCUGAGUUCUUAAAGGGAUUAAAGAUAUUAACGAUGUUGCGACACGAGAAUCUUGUGGGAUUAAGGGGCUUUUGCUGUUCAAGAGGGAGGGGGGAAUGCUUCCUUGUUUAUGAUUUCAUCAGCAAUGGGAGCUUGUUACAAUAUCUGGACGUCAAAGGUGAUGAGAAUCAUAAGCUUCUUGAGUGGUCUACAAGAGUUUCUAUCAUCAAAGGCAUUGCUAAAGGCAUUGAAUAUCUACACAGCAAUAGAGGCAACAAGCCAUCACUAGUCCAUCAAAGCAUUUCGGCGGAGAAGGUCCUCAUCGACCACCAUUUCAAGCCUCUGCUCUCCGGGUCUGGCCUGCACAAGCUCUUGGCGGAUGAUGUUGUUUUCUCGACUCUCAAAGCCAGUGCCGCCAUGGGCUACCUAGCCCCCGAAUACACCACCAUUGGCAGGUUCACAGAAAAGAGCGACGUCUACUCCUUCGGCGUAAUCAUCCUUCAAAUCCUCACUGGAAAAACAAAGACCCCUCCUCGUCCCAAACCCGAAGUGGAGUCUAAUAAGCUCGAAGACCUCAUCGAUGAAAAUCUGAAAGGCCACUUCUCCAAACCAGAGGCAGCAAAGCUUGCCAGCAUUGCAUUGCUCUGCACAAGUGAAAUUCCAAACCAGAGGCCCACAAUGGAAACUGUGCUUCAAGAGCUAAACAACACUUGCUAGUCAUCAUAUCAUUAUCAUCAUCUCCUAAAUUAACACUGGUUUUGUAGUGCAGCUGACCACUGAUCUAGAGAAACACAUGGGGCUGUCCUUUCACCUGAGGACCUCAAUGUCAUGUAUCAUUUGUGUUAUUUUUCAGUUGUUGUUGGAGAAGAGAAACAUGUGAUCUCUGUAUGGGCAGUAGAUGAUGCAGGAAUUGAUGUAGUUAAAUUUCUAUCUUUAGUUUUCCAGUAACAAUGUGAUGUUUAUAU